AUCGCUUCAAGUGUUGAGGAAUUAUACCAGGUGUUGCCAGCCAACUUUGGUCUGAGAGGAGGAUUCAUUUUGCAGUUUGAGGAUCCUGAUUUCAAUAAUCAGUUGUGCAACCUGACGGACAAAGACCUUCUUGUGGACCGUGCAACUUUGAAAUUAAGUGCAGCAGGAUGCCCUGGAGUGAUCAUAAACAAACCAAAACCAGGAAGUUCAAAGGGAAAAUGUGUCAAGAAGUCAAAGAAGGGUGAAGUUAACUACUGUCCUGAUCCACCUGAAGGACGGAGUCCUGAAAACAUUGAGAAGCGCAGGAUAACUGAGGGUGAAAUGCGAAAGAGAGACCCUGAUCAC